AUGGCAAAAGGUUUUAUACAGAAACCUAGGUUGGACUACCUUCAUGUGUUUGCUCCUGCAGCGAGACAUGAGAUAAUCAAAUUGGUGAUUGCGAUAAUUGGUAACAGGAAUUGGCCUCUAAUGCAUCUGGAUGUGAAAUAUGCAUUUUUGAACGGUCCAUUACAAGAAAAUGUAUAUGUGUCACAACCUCCUGGAUUUGUGAAAAAGAAUCAAGAAGAGAUGGUGUACAGGUUCAAAAGUAAACCAAAGUUGUCUCAUUACCAAGUUGUAGUCAGGAUUCUGAGGUAUAUUAAGGGGACUCAGAAGUAUGAAGUUUUGUUCCCUUCUGGUGAAAAGGCUAAUUCAGAACUGGUGUUUUACUCAGACUCUGAUUGGUGUGGAAACAGAGUUAACAAAAGAAGUACUUCUGGAUAUUUUUUUAAGUAUCUAGGAGGUCUUAUUUAUUGGUGUUCCAAGAAGAAAUCAGUCGUUGCUUUGUCAAUCUAUGAAGCUGAAUAUAUUACAGGUGUUGUGGCUACAUGUCAAGCUGUUUGA